AUGGAUGCUGAGUGGAAGUGGCUCGAUAAUUUCCCUUCGGAGUUUCAGACUAAUGCAUUCGAUUCAUCCAUGGCAGCUCCUGACAUGGUGUUUGCCCCUGAGCAGAAUAGCUCAAUCAUACAUGACUCAUCUUCAAACACUGACCCUAUGGGCGCAGCGGCAUCAAUUGUUUCAAUCAAUGGAGGGCCGAGGUUUGGUGCUCAGCUUGGAGUGUUUGAUAGCCCCCUCGAUUCCGGUGGCUUUUGGCCCUUGCGAGAACCGCUGGACAGCCAACCGGCUUUAUCCAGCGCGGGCCAGUCAGCGGUUUCCAGCCCUGGAGGGAAUAAUUCGUCAUCCAGAAAUAGAUCGAGGAUAAGACAUAAUCUUUCAAGUUUGCCUAGACAGCGAAGUCGCUACUCAACCAGACGAUUGGGACAGCAAACUCCUCCACUUGUUAUUUCUCCAAGACGCAGAACUCACGAUACUCCUGACCCAAUGCAGCGAUGGCAGGAUUCCCCACCAGAAGAUGAGCCAGCGUCCAUGUCAGCCAUCAUACAUGCUGUAAGGUCUAGUGAAGGGUCCAGCCCCGCGGAUUACCAGAAAUCAGGUAGUGACGUUUCUGGGCACUCCGGCGAGGCAUUCCGAGGUUACCAGAAUGCUGCCUCGUCUACCAGUGGCGAAAGCGGUGCUAGUAAAUCUUCGCGAAACUCGGUACAAUCGGAGAGAUCUGGUUCGGGAUCAUCUAGAAACUCUUCUACAUUGCUUUCUCGCAAAUCUCGAGGACGCGUUACAAAGCCGCGACAAAACAAAAAUGGAAAAGAAGAGCGGCGCAUAUUUUGCUGCACAUUCUGUUGCGACCGCUUCAAAAGCAAGUACGACUGGACGCGACAUGAAAAAUCAUUACAUUUGAAUCUCGAAGCAUGGAUAUGCGCUCCAUUUGGAGGGUCGGCUUUUUCUACGGCCACUGGAAGGCCACACUGUGCCUAUUGUCACGCCCUUGAACCAAACGCCGAACAUCUUGAAUCGCACAACCAUCAGAGUUGCCACAGAGAUUCGACAGAGCCCCGCGUGUUCCGUCGAAAGGAUCAUCUUGUUCAACAUCUGCGACUGGUGCACGAUCUCGAAAUUAUGCCUUUGAUUGAUGAAUGGAAAAUGGAAAUACCCCCCUUCACGUCCCGUUGUGGAAUAUGCGGCCAGAAAUUGAACAGCUGGGAUGAACGAACAGAUCACAUCGCCACUCAUUACAAACAAGGGUCAACAAUGAGUGACUGGCACGGUGAACAUGACUUUCCACCUUCUAUCGCCGCCCAAGUAACACAUGCUUUACCGCCCUAUCUGAUAGGGACCGAAUCAGUGAGCAUGGUGCCAUUUUCCGCAACGGACUCGAAUACCCGAGACCACUUUUUCCAGAUCUCAUCGAAUGCGGGAAUGAAACAUGGACCAACAGAGACUCAGCCACUCCAGGCUUUCCCAGAGAACUUUUCAUCGCAAUCGGAGAUCAGCUCCUUUACCCAAGUUUUGACAAUGCACUUGAGUCGCUACGCCCAGGAUCAGAUGAAAAAGGGCAUCGUUCCUACUGAUGAUAUGUUCCAACAGGAGUCUAGACGACUACUGUAUGACUGCGAGGAUAGCUGGAACCAAACUGUCGCAGAUAACGGCCAAUGGCUCUCCGCUUUCCGGCGAUUGCAUUGUCAGCCAGUGCCAGGGACCGAAGCUGAGCCUGAAUAG